AGAAAAAUCAACGAUUGUUAUCAGUUAACAACUUGCAUUCAAACCAGCUAAACAUAUCUUUCAUAGAAAAACAAAACAAGUGAAAAUGGUUAAAAUGGCUAUCAUCUUUUUGGCUUUGGUUGUAAUUUGUUUGGGAGUAUCAGCAGUUUCAUUGCCGACUCCUGAUGAGGAAAGAUUUUUAGAUAAAGAAUAUGCUCGAGAACUAAUCAACUGGCUGUCAACUCUUCAAGCCCCGGUUUCAAAUAAUCCCUGCAAAUACUAUGGAAAUGGAAUCUCUGGAAUGAUGACCAAACGCAAUUCGGAACUAAUUAACUCUUUGCUAAGUUUGCCAAAAGGAAUGAAUGAUGCUGGAAAAUAAAUAAAAUAAAUGAAAAUUUUUUUAUUUAAUAUAGUCAAUUUCCACCAAAUAAAAUAUUCGAUCAAAACUUGAAUAAAAUUAGCCAAAAUGUGAAAAGCUAACUUUAA